AUGCAAGUCGAAGAGCACCGCCAAGCCUUUGGAGGUUAUCAGAGCACCAACACCACGACUAUGCAAAUUAGCAAAGACAAGCCCAAACAAGGCGUCACAGCAACACACUGCAAGCCCAGAACCUUGAAUGCACCUCCAAGCGAUGAAUGGACCACGUACAGAGGUGCGAUUUGGAGCAUCAUGAAGACGUUCAGUGUGCCGAGCGGGUCGUACGGAUCUGUCCUGUCAGUACUGCAGGACGUUGCUGAGUGUGCUGUGGCUGGUGUCGCCUCCAUCGAAAGCUAUUUGAUUGCAGAUUGCAUGGAAUGGGGAUGGGGGCUGCGCGAGUCAACCCACAUGGUCAACCAGCUACGCUUGUCGCUCAAUCGAAUGCAUGUCGGAACGUCUGCCGUGUACAUUGCAUACCUCCUUCGAUUUCGCCGCGAUGCCAACGGCAAGGUCGAUCCGAAUGGCGAGUUGGCCUCAACCAAGUCCUUCCUGAACAUGAAGUACAUGAACCAAGCAAAGUUCAUGCCAUGGGACGCGUCGCUCAAUAAAGACGUCGACGACUGCUUUCAACGCCACCGCGUGAUGACCCAGCAGUUGGACAAAGAUGACCCCCGAAAGUUCUGCUCUUCAACUCCCAACCGCCUUGACAGCGCAUACCUGCGCAUCAUGGACCCAACACUUGGUCCUCACCAGGGUUGUCCUACAAGCGAACGCAUCAUUCAAGAUGUAACCAAGUGUUUUUCAAACCAUUUGCUGGCUGUGAUCAACGCCAGUGGCCUUGCAUUGCGCUGGGUGCAUGACGAUGCGCUUGAACAAACCAACUUGCUGGUCGAGAAGACAUUCGCCGGUAUCCAAAGCAGCAAAUCCAUGGGCGAGGCCGAGGCGGUCCAAUGA